AAGCCUCGGGCCUGGCUGGUCAUGACGUCUAUAAAGGAGCAGGCAGCAACCAGCCGGCUCCUAAGCUUCCUGCAAGACUGGGACAACGCUGGCAAGAGCCUGCGAGCUCAGAUUCUCACCAAGUUCAUCGACAGCAACAUAGGCAAGACCGGCCCCGAGCUGGAGCUGGAGUUCUCCCAGGGAGCCAGCUUGUUCCUCAUACGUCUGACCACCUGGCUUAGAAUCAUCUAUAUGACUGGCCUGGACUUAGAGAAGAUCCUGAGGUCCAUUGGCAUCUUCUUAUCUGCUGUGAGCAGCAAUCGGUACCUGAUAGAAUUUCUUGAGAUUGGCGGUGUCCUAACGCUUCUGGAGAUACUUAGCCUAAAGAAGAUCAAGGAAGAGGACAAAAAGGAGUCCGUCAAACUACUUCAGAUUAUUGCAAAUACGGGCAGAAAGUACAAGGAGCUCAUCUGUGAGAGCUACGGUGUGAGAGCCAUAUCGGAAUUUCUGGCAAAGUCUAAAUCAGAAGAGACACAGGAGGAAGUGCAGGUUCUGCUGGACACCCUAGUCCAUGGCAACCCCAAGUACCAGAACCAAGUGUAUAAAGGUCUAAUCGCUCUGCUACCCUGUGAGUCCCCGAAAGCCCAGCAGCUGGCCCUUCAGACUCUCAGGACCGCCCAGGCAAUCGUUCGAGCGACACACCCCAGCAUCGUGGACUAUGUGCUGAAGGUCCUGACCACAAUGCACCUGGAGGUCCAGUAUGAAGCCAUCGAGCUGAUAAAGGACUUGGUCCACUAUGACGUGCGCUUGCCUCUGCUCAAGGGCCUUGUGGCACUGCUUAUCCCCUCAGUCAAGGACACAUCCCAACUGCAGGCCAAGUUCUUCACCGACUCUUCGAUUCUGCAGAUGACCACUCAGCUACCAGUGUUCCUGCAGCAGGCUGCGGCCGCCAAGACCAUUGGGAUCCUGGCUCGCAGUGACUUGCACCUGGCAGAAGAGAUGCUGCGCAUGCGUGUGGUCCACAGCCUGAUGACGGCCAUGGGCAACACCGACCACAGCAAUAGCCAGAGGCUGGCCAGCCUCACACUGGAGUACUUUGUGCAAAUGUUCCCAUUGGUGGAGGAACAUGUCUGCAAGUCCAUGGGGGACGAACUUUACCAGCUCUUCCUUAGCAAUGCCGAGCUCUUGUACACAAAAAUAGAUAGCGUUCAGGCGGACAUCUUGGCAGCCAAUAAAGUCAAUGUUACCAAAGCCUUACACCUCUGUGAAAGCGACAACAAUUGCCUCAGCUUUUUCAUGGGCCCUGGUGAUCCGAAGCAGGUGGACUAUGUCACCGACUUUGAGACACUUCAUUCACACUCCAAGGAGUAACAGAGCACCUGUGGCAAACCAGAAAGGCCAGGGCUGUGCCUCAUGGAAGCCUGCUUAUCGGCCUG